UCGUCAACUAGGUUUCUUCACUCUCCACUUCAUAAUAUCAACUUCAUUCUAAACAAUUAGAAAGAACAAAUUAUACAUGUCUCCACAAACAUAUAGAAUAUUAGUUGUUUAAGAAAGAUAUAUUAUUUAGAAUAUUAAAUAUACCGGGAAAGUAAUUAUAUGUGUGUAGGCGGGUACCCAUGGGACGGGUUUACCUAAACCCAACCCGAUCCGGUGAAUAGUGUAGCGGGUUUAAACCCAAACCAGGCCCAAAACCUAUCAACACGGGUUUUACCCACGUUGACCGGGUUAGGUUGGGUUGGGUGGGUACCUAUAGAUUCGAGUUUUGUUGCCAUCCCUAAUCCCUAAUCAGCUAGCUCUCACCAUUUUCCUUUUCCUUCACUUUUCAACAACAACAACAACAAAACAAAACAAAAAACAUUUCCUAGUUUUGUGCCGCCGUCAUUGUUAGAAAGAAACCAUGGCGUCAAAAUGCAGUCCCUAAUAUCUUCCGUUUCACAAUCCAGAGGUUUCGGAGCUCGGAAGGAUUUCAUAAAUCCCCAAUUAUCCGUUCACACAUAAUUAUCGCAGAGUUUUUGCAUCCAUCGUUUCGUAUCCUUCCUCCUGCGACUCAAAGGAUCCGAGGCACGCCGCCGUCAGCCGACCUCAACGGCUAUAUGCCUCACCGGACCACACCGCACCCGCCGCUUCCACCAACCGCAAGGGCUGAGCUGCCUUCUGCUUCGUUCCUCAAACCAACGGUGUGAUUAGUACAUCGCCGAUUUCCCGUAGAGCUUUCUCGUAAGAAAUGCUCAAUACUGCCUCGUAUCUCCUUAGUGUCCCCGAGAUCGCACGCCGGCCGCCGUCGUCCCAAAAAUCGCAAUCGCCAUGUCAAGGUGCGAGCUUUGAAUUCAUUAUACAUACAAGACUUCUUUCGCUACAAGCAAUGGAGUUUUUCCAGUUUGUUUGGUUUUGAUUGCUGAUAUUCUUAAUUCACUCUUCAUGAUUAUGGGUAGAGGAAACGUAGAAAUCAAUCCGUUUCCAUGAACUUGGGAACUGAGCAUCUUCCCAGUCCAUAUUUCAUAUCUGGAAUUUGCACUAAAUCAUCGUUAGCAGCUCUCGGUUGGGUGUUUGAUGUGGUUUCACGGUUUUAGCUUUAGGGGUUUUGGUCUUAAUCUUCUGUGUAUUUGUAAUUGCAGAUCCGUUGCUGUUGGAUAUGUUAGGAAAGUUCGACAGUCUUUACUACUGAACAAAUGUAUUAGCUCCACAGGAUUGAGUUACGGUGGAGCUUAUUCCCAUGGGGAAGUUCCAUUCUUCCGGUGGAGUUUGUACUAUCGGCAUAAACAUUCAAUUGGAGGAGAUGCCCAUUUGAUAAGGCAUAGAUUAAUACACAACUUUGAUAAGAAUAGUGGUUGUAGACGUUUCUAUUCAUUAUGCACUUCAGGGAAUAUUUCCAACCAUGCCCAGUUUGCAUGGAAGAGGUUCUCUCAAGUGUGUGCUAGCAAUGCGUCGUCGGCUUUAUCUCCCUUAACUAAGGCAGCUGGUGCCAUAAGCCUGUCUCUGGUGAGAUCUAAUUUGGUUGCUCCAAGUAUUAUUGCCUUCAUAAUAAGAGAGCUAGUUUGGGGUCGACAAACUGCAGAAGCUGAUGCAUUUUGGUCAGAGAAUUCACUGUGCACGCCCAUCUACCAUGGGCAUAUAUUUGUGGCUUCUUUGGUGUUAAGUGUUUUGGAAGGCAUUAUCUUGUUAAUAAGAGCUCUUUACUUAGGAGUGUUGUUCUUGCCCUGUUUGGCUAUGGCCCCAUUUGCAGAUUCCCUUGGAACCGAGUUCAGGAAAGCUUGGCUUGAUAUUGUUUGUCUGACACUUGAAAAGGCGGGUCCAGCAUUCAUUAAAUGGGGCCAAUGGGCUGCAACAAGGCCAGACCUUUUUCCCAAGGACCUGUGUUCUAAACUCACAAGACUUCACAGUAAAGCACCAGCACAUAGUUUCUCAAUCACAAAAAAUACCAUUGAAGGGGCAUUUGGACGCAGGCUUUCUGAUAUUUUUGAAGAGUUUGAGGAGGAACCUAUAGCAUCUGGAAGUGUUGCUCAAAUUCAUCGUGCUGUUGUGAAAUACCAAUAUCCUGGUCGUGAGGAGGUUGAGCCUGUUGUGGUGGCAGUUAAGGUUAGACACCCAUAUGUUGGUCAAUCAAUAAGAAGAGACUUCAUAUUGAUAAAUUUUGUUGCUAAAGUUUCCAAUUUCAUCCCUACGUUGAGAUGGUUGAGACUGGAUGAAAGUGUGCAACAGUUUGCUGUCUUCAUGAUGUCUCAAGUUGAUCUUGCAAGAGAAGCUGCAAAUUUGAGCCGUUUUAACUAUAACUUUCGUAACUGGAAGGAUGUCGCAUUCCCAAGACCUUUAUACCCUCUCGUUCAUCCAGCUGUUCUUGUGGAAACAUAUGAAAGAGGGGAAAGUAUUGUGCGUUAUGUCGAAGGGCUUGAAGGGGAUGAAAGAGUUAAAAGUGCUCUGGCUCACAUCGGGACACAUGCCCUUCUCAAAAUGCUUCUGGUGGACAAUUUUGUCCAUGCAGACAUGCAUCCUGGUAAUGUUCUUGUUCGGCCAAUGGAUACUGGGACAUCAUCACCUCCGCUUUUUGGACCAAAGCCUCAGGUUGUCUUCCUAGAUGUGGGAAUGACUGCUGAACUUUGCAGGAGGGACCGAAUUAAUUUGCUAGAGUUCUUCAAAGCAGUUGCCAUUCAAGACGGGCGAACUGCUGCAGAGUGCACUCUUAGAUUAUCUAAAAAGCAGCAUUGCCCUGAUCCCAGCACUUUUAUCGAGGAAGUUGAUAAAUUAUUCAGCUUCUGGGACUCCUCCCUUGAUGGCAAAGCAUUUCAGCCUGCUGAUUGCAUGCGGCAGCUGCUCGAGUCUGUUAGACGUCAUAAGGUUAACAUUGAUGGCCACGUUUGCACUGUGAUAGUAACUACUUUGGUACUUGAGGGGUGGCAAAGGAAGCUCGAUUCCACCUACAACACCUUACGCACUCUGCAGACGUUGCUGUUCAAAGUAGACUGGGCAGAGUCGCUCUCCUAUACAAUUGAAGGGCUAAUGGCACCUUAAAUUUUCCCCAGCCGGUUUGCUCUCAAAACUCAGUUUUGCUAGCUUGCUUUUCAUGUACGAUCUAGAAUGCCUCGUAGAUAGGAAGAAUAAUUUGUUGAACAUAUGAAUCAGUCUAUACAAGACGCUAAUGGCAUGCAACUGUAUUUCUUCCUUUCAGACGACCCGGUUGGUCUUGUUCUGUAUGAUUCUGCGGACUGACCAACCAGUGUAAAUUUUUUCAGACCCUUAGUAAUGAGAGAACUGAAUAACAUGAGGAACAGGCA